UAAUUUGUGAUUUAUUAAUUAAUUACUUGCGAGAGCAAGAGGAAGCAGAUGCUGAACCAAAACAGGAACCCUAGAAUGCGAAGUUGAAUUGAAUUUAGAGUUCGAAGAAGAACAAUGGUGAAGCAUUCGCAUGCGUGGAUGGCAAUGGCGAAGAAGAGGUGGCCGUUAAUGUUAGUUGCACUAUUGUCCCUAUCAACGGUCACCGUGCUCUUCAUCAGAACCACCACUGAUUCAUGCAACAACAGUAGCAGUGAGUCUCAGCAUUUGGGAGCAGCUCAGGCUCAGAUUCGAUCAUCGGAACGGAGUCCUCUGGAAUUCAUGAAAUCAAAGGUGGUUCUGAUGGUUUCGCACGAGCUUUCUCUUUCUGGAGGACCUCUGUUGCUGAUGGAGUUGGCGUUUCUCUUGAGAGGCGUCGGUUCCGACGUCGUUUGGAUCACCAAUCAGAAACCUCCAGAAUCAGACGAGAUCGUUUAUAGUUUGGAGAAUAAGAUGUUGGACAGAGGAGUGCAGGUGCUGCCUGCCAAAGGUGAAAAGGCUGUAGACACGGCUCUUAAGGCUGAUUUGGUCAUUCUGAAUACUGCUGUGGCCGGGAAGUGGCUUGAUGCCGUUCUCAAGGAUAAAGUUUCGGAGGUUCUUCCAAAGGUUUUGUGGUGGAUUCAUGAAAUGCGAGGGCAUUAUUUCAAAGUGGAAUAUGUUAAGCACCUCCCUUUUGUUGCAGGUGCCAUGAUCGAUUCACAUACAACUGCAGAAUACUGGAAGAAUAGGACUAGGGAGCGUUUAGGGAUUAAAAUGCCAGAAACUUACGUUGUGCAUCUUGGAAAUAGCAAGGAACUUAUGGAAGUUGCUGAAGAUAUUGUAGCGAAGAGGGUUCUUCGUGAGCAUGUUCGGCAAUCUCUUGGAGUGAGAAAUGAUGAUCUACUUUUUGCCGUCAUAAAUAGUGUUUCACGCGGUAAAGGGCAGGAUCUAUUUCUUCGGUCCUUUCAUGAAAGUUUGGUACUAAUCAAGGAGAAGAAACUGCAGCUGCCAUCUUUGCAUGCUGUAGUUGUUGGGAGUGAUAUGAAUGCUCAAACAAAGUUUGAAUUGGAAUUGCGUAAAUUUGUCGGAGAGAAAAAAAUCCAGGACCGUGUUCACUUUGUUAACAAAACCCUGGCAGUGGCUCCUUACCUGGCUUCUAUUGAUGUUCUUGUUCAGAAUUCUCAGGCACGGGGAGAAUGUUUUGGGAGGAUAACCAUUGAAGCAAUGGCAUUUCGCUUGCCUGUACUUGGAACUGCAGCUGGGGGCACUAUGGAGAUUGUGGUAAAUAGGACAACCGGUUUACUGCAUCCUGUUGGAAAAGAAGGUGUGACACCUCUUGCAAAUAACAUUGUGAAUUUGGCAACUCAUGUUGAGAGGAGGCUGACUAUGGGAAAGAAAGGAUACGAGAGAGUAAAGGAGAGGUUUCUGGAGCCCCAUAUGGCACAUAGAAUCGCAUUGGUUCUGAAGGAAGUGUUACGGAAGGGUAGCCAUUAGCCACAAUUAAAUUAACCAGCUUAGGUACUUCACUGUUUUUAACUGUAAAUUAAUUCUACAGGGGAAAAGAGAAUGGCUCGGUGAGAGUGAGUCACUGAGUUUAUCUCAUGUCUUAUAUACCAUAUUUUGUGGGAAAUUGGUCGAUGUAUAGAGUUUUUAUAUGAUUACUUUCCUCACUUUGGACGCUUUGUGUCUUGAUGGGCAGUAGGAUUUUUUUUCUUCUUUUGAUUGGUUUGUAGCAUGCAAAUACAAAACUGA